AUGAAGUGCUAUAGUACCGCUACCAGCACUAAUACCAUCGAAGCCGGCCAAGCUGUGACUGAUGCGCCAAAUUCUACUGACAGUCAGACGACACUGGGCUUAAAAUUACGACCUCCAGGUGGAUUGGAAGCAAUUACCACAGUGACGCAUCCUCCCCAAAAAAGUCUUCCCUCUUCAUCCAUCUACCCUCUCUUCAUCAGCUUCAUUCUCAUCACUAUCACCAGCAUUUCGUCUCAACCCCUCCGGCAUCAUAUCUACCACUACCGACAUAAUCACGUCCGCCUUCCUUAUAGCCAGCGACGAAACCAGAAGACUCAAAAUGAUCAUUCUUAUACAAUCUACAAUCAAAUACUACACUAUCUUCGAUAA